GAUCGUGUCGUCAUCUCCCCUGGCGUGUCAGCCUGCAUGCACGCCUCGCGUCUAAUCGGACAUCGGCGACCAUGUGUUCCAUCGUCCCAUAAAAAACCACGAACACAUAUCUCCCACUCUGGCAGUCUCCCUGCAGCUAGCUGCGCCUGUGCUUGCAUGCAUUGCACCUUGUCUCUCACACAUCAGCAGCGGAGCAGAUCGAGCCAUGGCGCUUCUCUCGCUCCUCGCCUUCCUGCUGGCAACGGCUGCAGCCCCCGCCGCAGUCGCCGCCGUGGGCAACGCAACAUACGACGGUAGCAAGACGGACGCGUCCCCGGCGGUCCUAUGCAACGGCGAGGGGUGUGAGCCACCGGCGCAGCCGCUGCCGAUCUACGGGUACCCGUCACCGGCGGCACCGUCGCUGCCUUCCGCACCGCCGGCGCCGCCAUCGGCCCCGGGGUCACAGACGCCGUGCCCGCCGGUGACCGUCGUCUGCUGCGGCGGUGCCGGGGGGCAGCUGCCACAGCAACCGAACCGCGAGCCUCCUGGCGCCGGUGGCUACGUGCCCUAUUACAACACCUCAGCUGCCUCGCCUCCUGCGCUGCUGCUCGCUCCCGUUACUGGUGGUUACUACGUGAUGGCUAUGGCUUGCAUCUUUUUACUGUGGACUCUGGUGUAGUUACUCUGGCAUCUAAAACGGUAUAGAUUCUAUCUUGGGUUAAUAUAUAAAACUCCUGAUGAAGGAGAUGUAUACUCGACGUAUAUUUGGGGUUCCAGGGUAAAUAAUGUCUUAUAUGUAAAUGGACUUUGUUGGCGUCUCCAUUAUCCUCUGAUAAUGCAAUAAGGUGGACCAAGCUGCGUGUCCUCUUGAUUGUGAAACUGUAACACCCACUUGGUAAUUUGCUAGAAAUAAUACCAAUAGGGAAACAAUUUCUCUUC